CCUUAAUGGGUUUCAAGAGAAAAAAAAAACAUUUAAAAGAGUUUCUCCCCGAAAUCGAUCCAUCUUUGGAUACAUGAAUCGCUAUAUUUUCGUGUAAGCAAUUAAUGCAAGUUGACUACAGUCCAGUCCAGCUUGCAAUUCGCCGAUCGCCGGUUUUCCGAUUCAGAUUUACAGAGAGAAAAUGGUGAGAGCGCCAUGCUGCGAGAAGAUAGGAUUGAAGCGAGGACCAUGGGCACAGGAAGAAGACGACCUUCUGAUCGAUUACAUCAACAAAAACGGCCAUGGAAGCUGGCGAUCUCUCCCUAAACUCGCUGGUCUUCUCCGUUGCGGGAAGAGUUGUCGUCUCCGGUGGACAAAUUACCUCCGGCCAGACAUCAAACGCGGUCCCUUCACCCUCGAAGAAGAAAAACUUGUGAUCCAGUUACACGCGAUACUCGGUAACAGGUGGAGAUUUUAUAUUUUCUUGGUUAAUGUUACAAGUCUAAAAGCACAAGGUACAGUACAUCAAACCUUAGCAUCCUCCUCUCUUUUCAGGUGGGCUGCAAUUGCUGCCCAGCUACCCGGAAGAACAGAUAACGAGAUCAAGAACUUAUGGAACACUCACUUGAGAAAGCGUCUCAUGUCCACAGGCAUCGACCCACAAACACACGAGCCGUAUACAUCAAAACGACUCCCAGCCGCCUCGCCUUCCACCCGCCACAUGGCGCAAUGGGAGAGUGCCAGGCUGGAAGCCGAGGCAAGACUCUCAAUGGAGUCUUCUUCAAUACUCGCAUCACCUAAAAAAACCAACACCGACCAUUUCCUACGCGUUUGGCAAUCAGAAGCCGGUGAAUGUUUCAGAAACAUUAAGGGGAAGUCGGAUUGCUUUAGUCCGACUUCCCAGGCCUAUGCCUAUGCUUAUGCUGAACCAGAUUCAAGAUUUGAGACCAUAACUUUCUAUCAUGGGUCGAGCCCAAGUGAAGUGGAGGAUUCAUCUUAUACCGCACUUGACUCUCUCUUUGAUUUCCAUGAGCAUAAUGAUAUGAGCUUCUUAGAAGCUCACUUAAAUUAAAAAUCCCUUUGUAUGCUUGCUUGUCUUUGAGGUCUAACAUUUAUUCCUAUAAAUCACUUUUUUUUUUUUUGCUCUUGGAAACCUUCCCAUGUUGGUUGUGAGACCGAUUGGGAGGGCGUAACUUUAGUAUAUGAAAGCUCAAGUUCUUUUUUCCCAA